GCCCUGGGCAGCUGAGGUGCGGCGGGGCUCGGCGGCGAGGCGUCCUUCCCGGCCCGGGAACCCUGCGAGGGGCGCGCCCGCCCCAACCUCCAUGCAGGAAUUCACUGGGUCCCUCUGGCGUCGCGUGGGCCCCCCGCCCGGAGCAACGGCACUUCUCUCUCGGCUCCUGGGCGCCGCUGGGAGGAGGGCGAGGCUCGAAGACCAGCUGCGUGCGAAUCGAGGUGGAGUCCCUGGGCCCGAGGCUGGCGAGGCUCUGUCAGGCGCCCUCUCCUCGGCUUCGACACCGCUGCGGGCCCGCUGUCGGGCCCGGGGCCCACACACUGCUUGGGUGCAUGUUUGCCCUUGGAUCUCCCACCACUAGUAAUCCAGUCUCUCCCUGAGACCCUGGCUUCUGAGGACAAGUGAGGUUACCACGGAGUGUCCUGCUGCAGGAGGAUACCCAAAGCUUCAUGUUACAAGAGGCCUGGCACAGAGAGUGAAGGAGCUACACUGAAGUCGCACAGCAGGUACCAGCACCCCGGCCUUUAGGCCAGGGUUCUCGUCUGCUCUGGCAAGGUGGAUUGAGUUUUCUGCGUGGCUGUAGCAGUCACCAGGCUUACAGGCCUGUGAAAUGAAAAGACCAAGACAAUGACCUCAGGUCUACGCCGCUUUUAAUAAUUAAAUAUUUUAUUCCUUGGUGUGCACGGGACUUAGAGAAAUGAGUACGUCCAGUCUCUGCCAUUAAGCACCUGCCAGCUUGAGUUAGGCAGACAAGACGAUUAUCUAGAAUGGUUCCUGAGCAGCAGUAUGUGCAGGCUACAGCCAAGUAACUAGGGAUUCAAGGAUGAAAAAGACACGAUCCUUGCCCUGAAGAGCCCUCGCCCCAUCAGGAGACUGCCACAUCAGUGACAAGCCACACGUGGAGUGACAGGAGUCCUGGUGGGGGAACAGUUCUUGGAGCACAGCCAGCAGUUGUCAGGCUCAGUGGGUUCAAGGACCACCCCUCUCCAUCAAGUGGGUCAGCACAGAGCCAAGCUGAGUUUACACCUUCCCUGGAGAGCCGUGGGCUAGAGGGUUAAUGGCACUUUCCUGUUGGUUCUUGGUUUUCAUCUGUUUCCUACUAACACUACACCUGAGCUCAAACUCCAGCCUGGCUGACUGGGGCCGUGAUCCUCUGCCCUGGUUCUGCCUACCUCCCCAGCAGAGAUGCUCCCAUAUUUGUGUAUGCUUCCCUCAGCCUAGAUGGCCUUCCAUCAUCCUCAGUUCUGGCUCUCACCUGAUGCUAAGAACAGCCUCCUCCCAGAAGCUACCUCCAAUAGAGCCUUCAGAGAAUGACGUUUACCUGAAUCCAGAGUUUCUGUUCCAGAACUGCAGUUACCAGCUUGGAAAAAUACAGUGUUGUGUCUAAAGCAAGACCCUUCUGAAGAAGUGGAGUUACAAGGAAAUUCAUAAGGCUGGAGAAUUUUGCUGCUGGUCAUUCUCCUUGGCCCUUGCCGGCUUCCAGUGGUCCUUCCUCUCUCCUGGGGACAAGAAGGAUGGAAAAGCCCACAGGCAAAAAAAAGAAGGCACAGACCCCAGAGGAAGAAGUACGUGUGCAGAAGGACACUCUCAAGGAAGAUAAAGCAUCUAGGAAAAAGAAGCCAAACCAGAGAUCCACUUUGGCCAAAAAGCACAGUAAGGAACCCAGCCUGAGUCGUGAGGACGAGGAACACAUGUUUGAGGCCUUCAGUGCUUCAUUUAAAGAUGACUUUGAGGGGGUCCCUGUGUUCACUCCCUUCCAGAGGAAGAAGCUCUACGAAUGCAGCGAAUGUGGGCGCGUCUUUAAGCACAAGACGGAUCACGUUCGCCACCAGAGAGUCCACACUGGAGAGAAGCCCUUCCAGUGCGCCCAGUGUGGGAAGACAUUCAGGCACAGCUCUGACGUGACCAAGCACCGGAGGAUUCACACUGGAGAAAAGCCCUUUAAAUGCAGUGAGUGUGGCAAAGCCUUUAACUGCGGUUCGAAUCUCCUAAAACAUCAGAAAACCCACACCGGAGAGAAGCCGUACGAAUGUAAGGAAUGUGGGAAAACCUUUGCCUACAGCUCAUGUCUUAUUCGCCAUCGGAAACGUCACCCACGGAAGAAGCACUGAGCGUGGGG